CCGCCCCUUUGGUUGUGGCAGCGAGCUUGUCCUCCAUGGGAACUAUUCUGUGCACCUUGCUUUGCCCGCGACCCCUAGCGUUUCUCUGACCGCACCAUCAGCUGGACCCCCACACUCCAAAAUGCGCCGGCUUGUGAAUUAUUUAAGACUGGGACGAUUCGCAGUAGCCUCCCAUAGCUCCCACUGGUGUAUCCGCUUCGUUCGUCGCCCCAUUACAUCCUGAAUUGUUCUUUGUCACGACGAUCGAUCUGCUUUGCUUCCGUCUCUUGUCAAUAUAAAUUCGGUUGAGCUGCCCCCGAACAUCAUCAUGUCACCGCACAACGACGCACCUUCCCCUGCAUCGAGCUUUGACUCUCGUUCAGAGUAUCCCAUCCACCACCAAGCUGUUCAGUCCAUCUACACCAUGAACCAGUACAACGAAUUCGACACCAGCUCCAUUGAGUCCGGUGACGUCGGCCUGAGACGGUCUUUGGUGCCUGGCAUCUACGUUCCGACUAUUGCAUUCUUCGACCCUGCCACUGACAAUGUCGAUGUGGAAACCACGGCCAACCACGCUGUGCGUCUCGCAAAAGCUGGUGUUGCUGGAAUUACCACCCAAGGAUCCAACGGCGAGGCAGUACACCUUUCCCACAGGGAACGCAACUUGGUGACGAGCACUACCCGCAAAGCUCUCGAUGAUGCAGGCUUCGGAUACAUGCCACUCAUCGUUGGGUGCGGUGCCCAGUCUACCAGGGAGGCCAUCGAACUGUGUGAGGAGGCCGCCGCCGCUGGCGGAGACUAUGCCCUCGUCCUCCCUCCUGCUUAUUACCAAGGCCUGUUCUCCAAAGAUACUGUAGCAAGCUUCUUCCAGGACGUAGCAACCGCUUCGCCGAUCCCAAUCCUUAUUUACAACUAUCCCGGCGCUGUUUCCGGAAUGGAUCUGAACUCGGAUGUCAUCAUCAACCUUGCGCAACACCCAAACAUUGUUGGGUGCAAGUUGACUUGCGGAAACACUGGAAAGUUGAACCGCAUUGCGGCAGCUACACGUGCAGCAACCGUGUCAGAUCCUGGUUCCGGCUUCAUGUGCAUGGGCGGCUCUGUCGAUUUCACUCUCCAGACACUGAUCGGCGGCGGAUCUGGCAUUAUUGGAGGCAUGGCAAACAUUGCUCCAAAGGCCUGUGUCAGACUUGUCGAGCUCUUCGAAGCGGGAAAAUACACAGAGGCACGCAGAUUGCAAGCCAUUGUCGCUCGCGGUGACUGGGCAGCCAUCCAGGGCGGUAUCAUUGGCACCAAAGCUGGUAUGAUGGCACAUUUUGGAUACGGCGGCUACGCCCGCAAGCCCCUGCCGAGGCCCAACAAAGAGGAGACCAACAAGUGGCGAGAGGCUUUUGAAGAACUGGUGCGCCUGGAGAACUCUCUAUGAGAUCGACACUCUUUUGAUUGUUUGUUCUGCUUCCGCAGAUCGGAUUUCGCCUACUUGACUUCCUUACGCAAUCUGCGCGUCGCCCACAUCUUCGCUACUGUCGAUAUCGCAUUUUCAUCGGAGUUGCGCGCACUAUGCAUGCCAUGGCGUUUUUGGGUUCUGUUGCUUUCAUUCUCGAUUGUCGUUCAUUCCCAAAAGUCCAACAGGAACGUUGUCGCACCAAAAAGCUGUUCCAUCCUUGUUUGCGAUUCUGGGCUCUUAGAGUCAUGUAUCCGAGUAAUGCAUCGACCCUGUACAUAGUGCUCUCGGUCUCAAUGGGUGGUCUUUUGCUUUCGCGGUCGUUUAGCGGCAUACGUAGAAAUUUCAUUAGUUGUGCAAAAUUAGGCGCAUG